AGAAGUAGUUAAAGUGACGACGUAAGGGUAGUUAUCCGGAAAGCGGAACUAGCUAACUAGUGAGCUAACUUAGCAGUGAGUACAUUAGCUGGAGUUUCCCCUCCUGGAUCUUACUGACUUGUUUACGAUACUGGAACACGACAGGGACUUUUUUAACAAUGCCACAAAAUAUCGAGCUCGGUGCCACAGGGGGAGCCUCUAAGAAGGACAGCAGCAACAUGGACGACAUGACUCCGGAGCAGAUCACCAUGAGGGCCAACCAAGUGACUGACGAGUCACUGGAAAGCACACGGAGGAUGCUGCAGAUGGCAGAGGAGAGCAGACAGACCGGCGUCAACACCAUGGUGAUGAUAGAUGAGCAAGGAGCACAGCUGAAGCGUGUGGAGGAGGGCAUGGACCAGAUCAACCAGGACAUGAAACAGGCAGAGAAAAACCUGACUGACCUCUCCAAGUGCUGCGGCCUCUGUGUGUGCCCCUGUGACAGGGUGUCAUCAAUCGAGCACGACUCCCGAUACAAGCGUACCUGGGGGAUUGGAGGAGGUGAGGGUGAAGUUGAUGCCAAUGGGGCAAAGGUCGUCUCAAGGCAGCCGUCAGGGGUCCGCAACGGGCAGCCUACUCAGGCCAGCGCUGCGGCACCAUCAGGGCCAUACAUCAAGAGGAUAACCAACGACGCACGUGAGGACGAGAUGGAGGAGAACCUGGACGCAGUUGGCAGCAUCAUAGGCAACCUAAAAAACAUGGCUGUGGACAUGGGCAACGAGAUAGACAAGCAGAACAAACAAAUCGACAACAUCAAUGCCAAGGCUGAAAUGAACAAAAUUCGUAUUGAUGAAGCAAACCAGAGAGCAAACAAACUCCUCAAGUAGACAAGGCACCUGCUUCUGCCACUUUUAUCAACCAACCUUGAGCCUCUGUCGCAACACCAACACACACACAUACAACCUACAUGCAUGCACACAAACACAAAUACACACUCUUGUUCUCAAAAAGAUAAAUUCCAUCUGGAGAAAUAUUUUAUUCCAUCAGUUUAGUAGCCUUGACUGCACUAAGAAGUCAGUGUACUAUAGAAAAAAACCUCAUGUCAUCAUAAUCAUGCUGGACUCUUAAAAAAAAAGAAACAAAAAAAAACUUGUGCAUCAUAAACUGCAAUGGGAGAGGAAGUGCCCUUCACUGCUGUUUGAUACCAGAAGAUGCACUCAGCCUGUUUUAUCAUAUAACUUUCACAGGAAGGGAAGUAGCAACGGUCAGCUGCUUCUCUUUCUGAGUUACUCCCUUUUUGGACCCUCUUGUGUCUGUUUUAUACAUAAAGAGUGACAGAUUCACACUCAUUAAGCCUGAUUUAUACUUCUGCAUUAAAUUUGUGCAUUGUAGUGUGUGUUUUAGGUCUGUGUAGCCCAGAACUUAUACAGAAGCCUUCGCACAUCGCCUGACAUACAGCUUUGAAAUGUAACUGUUCAUCGAAACAGCUCAUACUGCAAGCCCUGUGAUUGGUCUGCUGGGUAGCAUCCGGUGAUUGGUCUGCUGGGUAGCAUCUGGUGACUGCAAAUCUCUGAUCAGUCAGCUAAAUGGUCAAAGUUGGAUCCCUUUGCACACCUUACAGCACAAUUUAGCACUAUUUUGAUCAAGAAAAUGGUGAAGAAAUGAAAGGGGUCUGACUGCAGACCAUGCAACUGAGACGUCAUCUUCUUCAGAACUGAAAAUUUUUUGCUAAAUAUCGGAAUAAACUUCUGUUCAAAGAUAGGAUAGGAUGCAUAGCUUACAGUGCAGAUUUAGCUCUAUUUUGAUCUAGAAAAUAGUGGAAAAGUUAGAGGGGUUGAGCUAAUGUAGCUAAGGCUAAGCUUACAAAGCAGUGACGUAAGCUAUGUAGCUGCAUAGCGACAUUCUCUGUGUAGCUGUGUUAGCAUUAGCUAAGUUGGCUAAAGCUCACACUGCUAAAGAUAACUAAGCUACAUUGGCUUAUAUAGUAACCUUAAUUAUGUAGCUAGCAUAGCUAUGUUAGCUUAAGCUAAAUUAAACCCUGCCACAUCAACUUUGUAGCUACAUAAUUACUUUCUCUACGUAGCUGUUUAAGCUUUAGCUAAGUUUGCUAAAGCUCACAUUGCUUAAGAUAAUGUCAUAGUCUUCAUUACUUUAGCUAAAGCUAUUGUUUCUACGUCAUCUACAUAGUAAAUGUAAUUACCUAGCUAAAGCUAAAGCCACAAAGUGGCUAUGUAAGCUAAGUAGCUAGUGCUUGGUUCCCAAAGUGGUUAAAUGAGCUAUGCAGCUACAUAACCACCUUCUCUACUUAGCUGGGUUUGCUUCAGCUAAGUUUGCUGAAGCUCACAUUGCUAAAGACAACUUUGCUUCACUGGCUUAUGUAGUAAUAUUAAUUUCAUAGCUAGCAGAGCUAUGUUAGCUUUAGCUAAAGCUAAGCUCACAAAGUGGCUAUGUUAGCUAUGUAGCUAACGUAACUAAUGCUAAGCUCACAACAGCAAUGCGAGCUGUCAGGAAAUUCCCCUACUGCUGACUAGCAUCUUGGCAGAGUGGCGCAGAGACACCAACACAUAAGAAUGUAGCGCUCACAAUGGCAAAGGGUGCAGAUUUGAUACAGAAGUAUAAAUAAGGCUUUGCCUAUCUGUCAGUGUUCAGAGCUGUAUCACCCCCAGUUGGUUCUGUCUUGACCUAGCUUCAUCUAGUUAACUCAUAAAGCAUUUAAGUCUAAAACAGAUCAAUCAUCCUACAUGAACAUGUAUGUUAAGUUAAUAUUAUCGUGUAUUAUUUGAAAUGACGUGCCUAUUUAAUUAUUCCUAAUCAAAAGCAGAAAAGACAUGUGAAUAAAGUUGCUUUAACAUCUUUUUCCUCAUGUCAUUUCUGCAGUUUCAGAUGGGAGAAGCAUUUUCCAAAAAAAAAGUGCUUUGAAAUGAGUCACAGCAAAUUCUUUAUGCUGCAGUUUCAAGCACCGACCCCUGAGUGAAUUGAAGCAAUUAAAUGUUAUUUCUUAAGCCUUCUGACUGCUGAGAAGUCAAGGUUGCAGGGAAAUGGUGAAAGAAGCUGACCUGGUGUUAGAAAUUUAAUAUAUAACUAUCACAUCUUUUUAAAAGUGAAGGAGGGUCGGUAUGCGAUCAUGAGAAACGUUCAUGAUUAGUCCUCAUAGGCUUCUAUUCACUUUAAUAACACUGUUGAGAGGAAACAGCCCAUCAUGUUCAUGUGAUCACAGUGUUUCUGUAAAUACUGAAACAUAUUGUAGCUUACUCUGUUAAAUCUACUUCCAUUCUUCUUUCUCCAUUACCUCCUUGUUAAUAGAGAUUUAUGGCAACUAAGAGAAGGUUGUAUAAAGGGUUCUCACACAAAUCUGGGUAUUAAUUUCCUCAAGUUUCAGAUUUUAAAGUAUAAAUAAAGCUAAGUUCUGAAAAACAGGGCUUUAAGUUGUUAAUUUCAUCAUCUUCUGUUGUAUUCGCUCAUUAGUACAUUGUCACUAAGGUGUUGUGUGUUGUCAUGAUAAAUUCAACCUGGAAUCUUAUUAAAAAAAAAAGAAAUCAGACUGUAAUUGGGAGAUGGGAGAGCAUUUCCCUUCCCUGCCUUAUACGUGAUCCUUGGUUGUGUUGUAACAGCCGCUGUAUCCCAAACAACUGUUUUUGCACCAGCUUUCACUGCAGAGCAGAGCAAAGCUAGGGUAAAAUGAUCAAAUCUGAUGAUGGAAAGCAUAAUUUGUUUAUGUGGAAGCCGUAGCCAGGCUGAGAAAUUACUGCUGGCAGGGAGAUGCAAAGUAUACAUGUAAAUGAAUGUUUUAGGAGGUAAAUGCAGAAGCAGAAUAAGUCCUGGCAGGCUGUUAAGGCGCCACUGUGGAAAAUUGGCUAAUGAUAAAGUGAUAGAGUAAGCUGAAAGUAUCUCUCAUAUGAAUCUCUGUGCUUAUUUGUUUUGAAGAAAAAUGAUGAUUUGUAUUCUCUACUUCAGGCGUACACCUAUUGAGUUAGCAAAGAUUGAAACGGACUGUUAUCCAGGGCUUUGUAUCGCUCUAAGUGAUCAUCCUAGGUCUGUUACUUGUCAGCUGAGAUCUAAUUAGUGCAGCCUCAGGCGGCCUUACCGUCCUCAGGCUGUUUAUUCAUUGUUGUACCAACAUCCACUGGAAUGUAAAUGCAUCACUUUUGUCUCUUUUUAUUGUGUUCAUAUGCAGCUUCACCUUUUCUGGAAUGAGCUCUGUUUGUGGACAACUGUUCAACAAAGUGAAAAUACCUUUGGUUUCAUACCUGCCUUUGUAAAAUUAUUUGUAAUCAAUAAAUCUAUUUGAAAACUCA